AUGCAACCAGCAACACUUCGACGACAUGGCCAGCGGGGGGCAUACGAUUUGGAAUCGGUUAAGGACGUUUUCGAUGAUUGCUUCAUCGCUCAUGUGUCUUACGUAGUAGAUGGUUUACCAGCCUGCAUGCCCAUGAUCGCGUUGAUAAUGGAAGACCCGGAAGACGACAUGAUACGAUCUUCCGAGCCGAGGCAACAAAUUAGCAACUGCGCCAAUGGGGACCUCGAGAGUGGAAUACAAACGGAUGCUAAUAACACUUUUGUUUACUUGCAUGGACAUCCAAGUACAAAGCUCAUGGAGUUGGUGAGGGGGGCAAACAGAAGCUCAAGUGAGGAUGUUCAGAGCACAACUAAGAUCAAUGAUCAGAUUAUAAAUAACUCUCUGGGUGAAGUAAAAAUUUGCAUUACUGCUACUAAAGUCGAUGGACUGGUUUUGUCCUCAGCCCCUAACGGGCAUACAUUCAAUUAUCGAUCAGCCACCAUUCAUGGCACAUGCGAACCUGUGAGCUCUAAACCUACAAAGCUUUCAGUCAUGCGUGCAGUCACACAAAAAAUAGUCGCCAAUCGAUGGGAGGAGGUGAACCCGGUAGCGUCGAUGCAAGUCAGCUUGGUAUAUGUUGUCAAAGUGCACAUUGAUGCUCUUUCCGUCAAGUCAAGAACAGGAAUCCCAGGCAUCCAGCCGAGGAACAAGGAAAAGGACGGGCCGGACAUCCAAAUCCCGCCGUGGACUGGGGUUAUUCCAUUGUGGGAGGAAUUGGGAACCCCGGUAGACAGCGGGCUCACCCCAAAUGCUGUGGUAUCUGACAAUCUUAAUGCAUACAUCGAGAGCCGGAACCAGAGGCAGCAAGAAUAUUCGACGAAGGCUGCAAGUUCAUGA